AUGAGAUAUUCUUCUGCGGUUCUCGCUCUUCUGUUUCCCGCCUUGAUUCUCCUGCACCUCUUCGUCGCGCCGUACACUAAAGUCGAGGAGUCCUUCCAUGUCCAAGCCAUACAUGACAUCUUGGCUCACGGGCUACCAAAUGGUUGGAAUGACCUGAGUCUCAACCGGACCAAUUAUGACCACUUUUCAUUUCCUGGGGCUGUUCCCCGGAGUGCCAUUGGUGCUGCGCUGCUUGCUCUUCUCUCCAAGCCUGUCAUCUUGCUCAACGAGGGGAUCGACCAGCAACUAUUAGCUCGCGCUAUUCUGGGCUUGCUCAAUGCUUCCACACUGGCGAUCUAUGCAAGCGGCCUGCGUCGCAACUUCGGUCAGCCUGUAGCUAUCUGGUACUUCAUACUACAAGCAAGCCAGUUCCACCUCAUAUACUAUGCUUCACGGCCACUUUCAAACAUGUUCGCCUUCAGCAUAACAACACUCGCAUUGCGCCUCCUCCUCCCAAGUCCAAGCCCCACAAGCCAAGACCAAAAGCAAUGCAGUCUCGCGCUAGCCCUCCUCACCACCGCAGGCGUAGUCUUCCGCUCCGAACUAGCCCUCCUAGUCGGCACCCAGACUCUCUUCCUCCUAGCAACGCGCCGAAUCAGUCUCUCCAAUGCCAUCGUCGCAGGUCUAGUCGGGUUGGCCAACGGCCUCCUCCUAACAGUCUGCAUCGACGGCUACUUCUGGCAGCAGUUCCCUCUCUGGCCCGAGUUCGAAGCUUUCCGCUUCAACGUCCUCGCAGGCCAGUCCUCCGAAUGGGGAACAGAGCCCUGGUCUUUCUACUUCCUGAACGCCCUCCCUCGCCUCCUCUUCAAUCCCCUUUCCUACGCCCUCGCUAUCCCCGUCGCCGUCCGCCAACCGGCUACACGGGCCACCGCAUUGUCGCUAUUAACUCCGGCCCUGACCUUCGUCGCGCUGUAUAGCUUCCAGCCGCACAAGGAGUGGCGUUUCAUCAUCUACAUCAUCCCAUCACUUACGGCCGUCGCUGCCCUCGGCGCGGGAUACCUCUGGACGCACCGUUCGCGCUCGUUCUUCGCGCGCUGGGCUACCCGCGCGCUGGCGCUCUCUUCUCUCGCCGUCUUCCUCCUCUCAAAUCUGAUUCUUCUCCCUGCCUCCGCAGCCAACUAUCCCGGCGGGGAAGCUCUCGAUGCCCUCCACUGGAAACACGCUAUCUGGCAUGGAGGCCUCGAGCCCGGUUUCCAUGUCUACCUAGGUAACCUAGCGUGCCAGACUGGCGUGACUCGCUUUGGACAACAGCCUUCUUCGUUGGGGUGGGUAUACGAUAAAACCGAAGACGAGGCCAUCAAGUCCACAGGUGAAUUCUGGGAACAGUUCAACUAUGUUGUUUUCGAGGCUUCGUCGGAGCCGGGGUUCAUGGAUUCGGAUGAAAUCAGGCUCCGUUCUGCGUUGCCCGACUCGAUAUGGGAGGCUGUGGUUGAGGUUGAUGCUUUUACGGGCAUUUCAGUUUUGAGACCCGGUGUUCCCGCUACGGGAACCGCUGAGCGGCGCAUUCUUGGGUCUUUUGCUGGCCCGCGUGCGGUUGAGAUAUAUGAAUCCGUGCGUGAGUAUGCGAGGAUAGCUUUGUUGCGUGGGUGGUGGGUUGAGCCGAAGAUGGAGCCGAGGGUUCGGGUUUUGAGCCGUGUGAUCCAAGACUUCUUCUAG